CUGUUGGCCAACCCAUAUCGGCCAUUUUUUGCUUGUUCGGUUCGGCUGCCAAUUGCGUCCACACGCUGGCGCAGGUCGAAUCGCAGCACAUGGGUACACCGGUGGGGGAAUUUUACCAAUGCGGCAUGAUGCCGGCUGCUGGUCAGGACAAUUCUCCUUCGGCACUUGCUGUUUCAUGCCUGCAGCCCCUUGCUUCGAUGCAGUGUUCACCUUUGAGCGCUGCUGUUUGGUGCCGUCCUCAGAGAUUCAGGCGGAGCUGUCCGGGUUCCAAGCGCGCUGGGGCGUGAGGUUGGGCGAACACCGCGUCGCGAAGGUCCGGUGCACAUCACCUCUCUGCAAGCGGAAGGCGUUGCCUAAGCAUAGGCAGAGGAGGUUGCAAACCUUUGCCCUGCAAAAGCUGGAUGGCGUGUGGCGGAGAUUCACCGCCACGAAGCAUGACAACACCAUUGGGGCGCUGGGCGAGCUGCUGGCUUUCUACGUGCUGCGCGUGGCGUGGCAGGGCGGUCAAAGAACCGCCCCGUUCGAUCCCGCGAGGAGUCCAGGCGCAGCACAGCUGGCGCGCAAGGAGAAGCGAGUUUGGAAGAAGCUGCGUGAGACCGUGCUUUCAAAGCGGCGGGGGCAGUAUGAAGUGUGCGCCUGUGCAGGCACAGGCUAUGAUAUGAUCAUGGCCAUGAGGGACAACAUCAAGAGGCUCUGGCUGUACCACCCGAACUUCUCCCGUUGGGUGGCCAACCCCUCCGAGCAGGCGCACCACCUGUCGCUCCUCCAGUCCUGCACGGAGGAGGCGGCCGAAACCGCGCUGUCGGACUUCCGCCACGCCAUCGCGCGGAGCAACUGCGUGGCCAGCGAUGUGGCGACGAACAUCGCGGUGGCGCAGGCCUGCGCCCUGCAGCGCCACUGGGCGCGGGCGGCGGAGCUGUACUUCUUGUCCUUCGCGCUGGUGGUGAUGGCCCCGUGGGCGGACUGCUUGAACCUCGCGGUGUGGGAUAUGACUGCGGAUGAUGUGGUUUUCAACGCCGCGCGUGCCAUGAACCUGGCGACCAAGUCGGCCAUACUGUCGCCGGCAGCUGCGGUGGGAACUUUGGCCUGGCGCCGCAGCCCCUAUGCCCUGGUCCCUCCCGAGGGCCAGCGCUGCGAUGGCCCGGCGGUGCUCGACGGUAUCUGCCUGGCCGAGGGAAAGAUCUGGGUGCCGCCCGGGAGCGGCAGAAGCGUCAGACACGCGCUGUGCACGGAAUUCGGGGCCAUGGACGGGUCAGCGUGGGUGGGAGAAAGUGGCGGAAUUUGGGAGAGAUUGCAGAACGGCACUGCGCGCAGCGAUCGCCGCCUAUUUCUUCUGCCGGUGGGGACGCCGUAUCCCAACAUCUGGCAUGCACUUCAUUGGUGGGUCCCCUCCGUAGCAUUGAAAGAGGAACUUCGCUGGAACCCUGGCGAUGUGCAGCUGGGCAUUGUGUUUGACAGCAAGCCCCGCAAUGGGAUUGCCCGCUGGAGAGUUGAUCAUCCAGAGUCCGAAGACGUGAAGUCGUUUCUCGCUUUUCAUGGGCCGGUCUUGGCAGCUCUUUCUUCCCAACCCGUGCUCUUCAUCGCCCACACGAAAGCAGCUCCGCACUGCUUUCGCCAUGGAACGGUGGGUUUCAGGUCCUUCCGAUACGACAUGAAGCAGCCCCAGCUGGGCCUCCAUCACAUCGCUCUCUUCCGGCACGCUCUGGCGCCAAAGCGGGCGAAGCGCGCGGAGUAUGUGCUCCUGGUGAGGCGCGCGGCGGGGCCGCGGCACGUCGACUUGGGGCCUUUGGAGCGGCAGCUGCAGCCGCUGGCGGCGCGGCUCGCCGGCGGUUUGCGCAGCAGGGGCCUGGAGAAGCUGCCGCUGCUCGGGCAGCUGGCGCUGGCAAACCAG